AUGACAAAUGGAAGUGAUCUUAUUUCAAAAAUUCAUGCGAUGAUGGAAAAACAUAAAGAAUCAUUUUUUGUUGUUCGUUUACGUAAUCCAAUGUCAAAUCCUGCAACAUUAACCGAUACAGAUCCAUUAAUACAAUGUGAUUUAAUUGAAUCUCGUGAUGCAUUUUUAAAUUUUGCUCGUGAAAAACAUUGUGAAUUUUCUUCAUUACGUCGUGCAAAAUAUUCAACAAUGGUUUCAUUAAUUGAAUUACAUUCAUCAACAGCCGAUAAAAUAUCUUAUACAUGUAAUUCAUGUCGACAAUUAUGGGAUAUUCGAUAUCAUUGUACAGUAUGUGAAGAUUAUGAUUUAUGCAGUAAAUGUUAUAUAACAAUAAAACAUGAACAUCGUAAGGAACGUUCAGAUGAUACAAAUGAAAUGAAAACAAAUUCGGAUACAACAAUUAAUAUUCAACAACAAAGACAAUUAACAAUGCAACGAAUGUUAGAUGCUAUACGUUAUGCUAUACAAUGUCGAAAUGCAAAUUGUAUAUUUAAAAAUUGUUCAUUAUGUAAAAGAUUAUUACAAUGUACAAAAAAAUGGACAAAAGCAUCAAGAAGUCAACGUCAAUCAUGUAAUAAAUUUCUUUCACCAAUUUGGCUUCAUGCUAAAACUUGUACUGAUCAAAAUUGUUUAUUACAUUUUUGUGCAAGUUUUCAACAUAAAAUUCAACGACAACGUGCAGCGACUAUGCAAGCUGAUCGAAGACGUAUUAAAGCUAUGCAUCGAGCAAAAAUGGGGCCAGGUCCAUCACCAAUUAAUUCACAAAAUUCUGAACCAACAACAUCUGGACAAUAUCAUCAUUCAAUGGAAUCAGCUUCACCAAGUUCUACGGGCAAAAUGAUGCCAUCAAGUGAUAAAGGUAGUAAAGGUGGUAAACCUUCAUCUAUGAGUGGAUUAGUUUGUACUAAUUUAUCACAACAAUUACCAACUCAACAGCAACGACAAAAUUCUGUUUACUAUAAUGGUGGUCAUGGUAAUCCAACUGGUAUUACCAAUAAUAAUAAUAAUAAUAGUGGAUAUCCAAUGAUGAUGACGACACAUCCUCGACAAACACCACAACAAUGGAUACCAUCACAACAACCAAUUCGAUAUGCAUCUCAGGAUGAUAUUAAUGAUUUAUCGAAAUAA